CAGGUAAAGUGACUGGUUGCCAUCGCAAAACUUAUGCUUACUGAAACUGCUGGAACAUAACACAGUGAGGACAACGUCAUAUCGUUCUCAGGAAACAUGAACUCUCUCCCGAACAGCGUUUUGUCGCUAUGCAGAAGAUCCAGCAGCGUCAUACGCGUUUUUGCCAGUCCUUCCAGUUUCCCAGUUGCUCGCGGUAUCGACAGCCCUGUUUCCAGUACAACAAGGAUAUGUCACUCCAGCACGAGCGUCAAAGGUAGCGUCAGCACCAAAAAGCGCGGCUACGAUAUCACGAGAAACCCGCACCUGAAUAAGGGGAUGGCAUUCACCCUGGAAGAAAGGUUGCAGUUGGGCAUCCACGGUCUUCUGCCGCCUUGUUUCCUGUCUCAGGAUGUCCAAGUGCUCAGAGUAAUGAAGAGUUAUGAGACACGGAGCAAUCCCCUGGACAAAUAUAUUUUGCUCAUGACACUCCAGGACAGGAAUGAGAAGCUUUUCUAUCGAGUGUUGACCUCUGACAUUGAGGAGUUUAUGCCUAUAGUCUACACUCCCACUGUGGGCCUGGCCUGUCAACAGUACGGCCUGGCUUUUAGGAGACCGCGAGGGCUUUUCAUUACCAUUCAUGAUAGAGGCCACAUUGCCACCAUGUUGAACUCGUGGCCUGAGGAAAAUAUCAAGGCCAUUGUGGUAACAGAUGGAGAGCGGAUCCUUGGCCUUGGUGACCUGGGCAGCUAUGGAAUGGGCAUUCCAGUGGGCAAACUAGCUCUUUACACGGCAUGUGGAGGAGUGCCCCCCCAGCAGUGUCUGCCUGUUUUAUUGGAUGUGGGGACAGAUAAUCAGGCACUUCUGAAUGACCCGUUGUACAUUGGGCUGAAGCACAAGAGAGUGCGAGGAAAGGAGUAUGAUGACCUCAUCGAUGAAUUCAUGCAGUCUGUCACAGACAAGUAUGGAAUGAACUGUCUGAUUCAGUUUGAGGACUUUGCCAACAGCAAUGCCUUCCGUAUACUCAACAAAUACCGAAACCGUUACUGCACCUUCAAUGAUGACAUCCAAGGCACUGCUUCAGUUGCUGUUGCUGGAAUCCUAGCUGCACUAAAGAUCACCAAAAACAAACUUUCGGACCACACCUUUGUGUUCCAGGGAGCAGGAGAGGCUGCAUUGGGCAUUGCUCACCUGCUCAUAAUGGCCAUGGCCAAGGAGGGUGUGUCCCACGCAGAUGCAGUCAAGAAGAUCUGGAUGGUGGACUCCAAAGGACUUAUAGUCAAGGGCAGAAGUCACCUGAACCAUGAGAAAGAAGAGUUUGCCCAUGAGCAUCCACACAUUAAGAGCUUGGAGGAAGUGGUGGCAACCCUCAAGCCCACUGCCAUCAUCGGUGUGGCGGCCAUUGGUGGAGCCUUCACUGAGAAGAUCAUUAAGGACAUGGCCUCUUUUAAUGAAAGACCCAUCAUCUUUGCUCUCAGCAAUCCCACAAGCAAGGCAGAAUGCACUGCUGAGCAGUGCUACCAACUGACUGAGGGCAGGGGCAUCUUUGCCAGUGGAAGUCCCUUUAAGAAGGUCACCUUGGCGGAUGGACGUACCUUCUACCCCGGCCAGGGUAAUAACGCCUACGUGUUCCCAGGAGUGGCGUUGGGGGUGAUUGCCUGUGGGGUGCGCCACAUAUCUGACGACAUUUUCCUCACCACAGCCGAGGCAAUUGCAGAUAUGGUGACAGAGGAGAACCUGGCAGAAGGGAGACUGUACCCUCCUCUUAGCGCCAUCAGAGAAGUGUCCUUCAAGAUAGCAGUGAAGAUUGUGGACUAUGCCUAUAAGGAGGACAUUGCCUCCUGGUAUCCAGAGCCAAAGGACAAAGAAGCCUUUGUAUUGUCCCAUGUCUACAGCCCUGACUAUGACUCCUUCUCCUUAGACACAUACAGUUGGCCCGAGGAGGCCAUGAAAGUGCAGGACGUGUAGAAUGGGG